AUGGACGAAGCAAUUCGCCAUUCUGGAUUAGCUUUAGCAACAUUUCUGGACGAAAAUCAGAAUAUUGAAUUGAGUAGCGAACAAGUCGGUGCAUUGAUCUACAGAAUUAGAACCGUCAAAAAUUAUGGUUUAACAGAUGUACGAGUAGUUUGCAGUGCAUUGCGAGUUCUUGUUGAAAGACUUUCCCAGUUUCCUAAUCAUGUUUAUUGCGAGGAUGUUUGGAUGGCUAUUCUCACUGCGAUUCUCGAUGGAAUAAUUGAACCAGAUUGGAAGGAAAUGGUUAACACUGUGAAUCUUGAGCAAUUCAAACCGGAACAUCCUGUUCCUGACAAUGAAACUGGCUCAUCACGACGAAUUGUUAAAACAAGUGAACAAAUGAACAUGAUAUGCGAGAAAAUUUUAAUUGAUAACGAUAUGCUUCGGCGUAUUUUCUCUGCAGUAUGGCAAGCUAAACUUGAUAAGACAAUGGAAGCCGUGAAGAAUGAGGACUGGGAUAAUCUUAAUAUCCAAUACACGGAAAGUUCUUCAAAUCACGCUCUUCGACUAGUUGACAAUAAGCUUUUCGAUUCAUUUUCAAUGAUUCCUGAUGCGAAAUGCGUAGCAGAAGAAUUGACCAUAUCUGCUCUUGCAAGGCUUAUUGAAACUGUUUCUAAACUGGAAAAUAGUGUCAAUUGUGAAGUUGCAUUCAUGGUUUUUGAGCGGAUUAUGUCGAAGUCUUGGAUUUACAUUGCGGAAGAUCGGAAGUUUCGAGAAAUUGUUUAUAAAGCUCUUCGACGACUUUUAGAUGUGAGCAUUUCGAGAAGUUUUGACUUACGUUGUGUGGAGACUCUCGAGGACACUUGCGGCUGGCUAAAUUCGCCAUACGAAGAAAUUUGCGAGUUUAUGGAGCCAACACUCUGGAAAUGUUUGGACUCGCACAACACUCAGCUUCUGAGCGAUAUUUCGAAAAUGCCACUGGAAAUCAUUUCCGACUUCGAGUCUGGCAGUUGGCUUCAGUCGAUUUGUGAGCAAAUUCCCAUGAUGAUAGACAAAAAAGAUGCAGAAAAUCGAUUAAUCGAAGAAAAAAUCAAUAAGGCUCGGUCGGCAAUUAUGUUCAUUCUUGACGUUCUUACAAAGGGCAAAAUGGCGGAUAAUGUUAUUUCAUUAUUAGCUACGAAACAUCAUGAUCUCCGCAAUACGAAUGAAAAAGAUGUUGCCCAAUGCAUAAGACGUGUUUAUAAGAGUGCGGUCGACAGAAAACUGCUUUCGGAUGAUUGCCAAGUUAAACUUGCUGAACAGUUUGUGGAGAAAAACAAGAUGAAAGAAUUGAAGACAGUUGUAUUGAGUGCUCCAACGAAAUCCUUGGUCAGACAACGCGUUGCAAAAAUGUUCAUUGACAAUAUUCUUGGAAUUAUAAAAUCAUCGGACGGCGUCGAUGUUGAUGUCACUACCAAAAAGUUCGAGGAGUCAAGUGAACUGAUAAGCAUUUUGGUUGAAAGUCUUACGAUUGAUGAUGCUUUGCAUAUUGUGCAUACAUCGAUGGAUAUCCUUGGAAAAUUCACAGAACACAAAGAAUUCGUCAUAAAAUUAUUAUGCGGAGUUCUUUCGACAUAUUCGAACAAAAUUGAUUUUCCGUCACUCCAAGUUUCAAAGGACAAAUGGGAUGAAGUUACUGCAAUUGUGGCGGAUAAUGAAGCGCGCGAUGCUGAAAAUGAUCCCAACAGAAUUGAAGUUCUGAGUUUACGACAAAUGACUUCAAACGAGCUUAACCUCAAAGAACUCUUAUACAUAUUCCGACGGCUGAAUGAGCUGAUGACGAGCGGUGGAAAACAAAAGAUCAGGAUGUUCUACAACGGCAUUAUGAACAUUAAUGGAAUAAUCGAGGCGUUUACUAAUCCUGAACACAUUCGCGAAUUAGGUGUGCAGCUUUUAAACGGGUUUUCGAACAUAAUAAUGGAAUCGGGAGACUGGCGUGAUUUUGUGGACAAUCUUGAAUUAUUCUUCGAAUGGUUCAAAGACUUUGAUUUGUUGUCCUCAUCGGAAUUUGUGUCAUCCCUUGUUACAUUAUGCAACACCAUCGUAUUCAGGCAUUUAACCUACGUCAUUGGAGAGGAGGCCCGUUUUAUGACAGUAGAUUCCUUGUUUUGCCUGGCUCGAAUUUGGAACUGCGAGCUACUGAAACGCUUACCACGAUCAGAAGCCGAUAUACUCGAGAGCUUCCUAACCAUGAGAAAAAGGGAGAUCGCCGAACGAUGGGAUAUUGAUCCUGAUAUAAAACGCGUAUUAAUCAACAGACCGACGGCGAUCAAAGCCCGCGAUGCUGCGGCCUUGACAGAAGCCGAUGAACGUCUUCUUAGUUUUCUGAAUGGAGCCAGUGCCCAUCUCAUUUCAAUGUGUCAUCUACUACCAGAAGAACCGGCUAACUAUGAUAAUGAAAUUUUUGCUUGGGCUGUUGGUGUAUCGUGCGGAGGUAUUUCUUACCUUGAGAGUAUUGUAGCUGAAGCGAAUGAAGUUCUGAGUGAAAAGUAUGGAAAACAAGACUUGCAACGACAUCAGCGCACCCAUGUCAUGUACUACUUAUUGAUGGGUUCUACGUCGAUUGUGCCAAAUACGAGUGAAUACGAUAAUAUAUGUAUAUCUGACUAUUUCACAGUUGUGUACACGGAUAUGCUCCGUGAAAUUUUACCAGAACUUAAUGUCGAACCUGUGGGAUCUAUCAUGGCAAAAUUUCCAGGAGACUUGAACCGAUUUGUUGGGAACAUAACGUAUUGGAUGACCGAAUGUGCAUUGCCUAUUAAAGGUGCUGAGUUUACUAGUUUGAUGGUAGUAAAGCUCGGCGAACUUUUGAGUGAUGUCAAAUUUUUCAAGGAAAAGUCGAAUAUGACCAUUCAUGGGAAAUUGAUUGAUCUGUUUCUUACAAAUAUUUCCCUACUUCCGGGAUGGGUUCAAUGUUCUUCGUGCCCUAUAAACUUUUUGGCCGCGUGCGACGAAUUAUUUGAAGUUUUAUUCACAAACGAGAUGGCAAAGUCGAAGAAAAAAGACAUCGAAAAAGCGCUAGUUGAAGUUGUGAAAGUCGUGAUCAAUGAAAAUACUGCUCAAUCCAUAUUUGAUUACGUCGGAUAUUUUUACCAGUACAGCGAUAGAAGAGGAUAUUCGGCAAUGAAUAUGGAUUUGUAUGGAAGAAACAAAUUUCAAAAGUCGAAAUGCCCCAAUAUAGUAAAAGAGGCGUUUACAGUGCUCAGCAAGUAUGGAGGAAUUAAGGUUCAUAAAGCGGGAAAGUCUUUGAAUGUCACUUCAAAAAUUGAGGAGGACGAUGGGAAGAAGAUAGAUGAAGAAACUGAAAAGGCUCAAUGUACUUAUGCAAAAUCUGGAACCACAGGUUUUAUAAUGCAACAUUGGUACAAUUGUCACACAUGUGGUAGAGUUGAUACAACUGGAGUGUGCUCAGUUUGCGCUGUGAAUUGUCACCGUGGGCAUGACAUAUCUUAUAGUAAAAAAGGAUCAUUUUUCUGUGAUUGUGGUUCAGCCGAUUGUAAUUCUGUGCGAGAUGCGACGCACGCGCCGAAUGUCACAAACGCACUGAGAGGUCAAUACCCACUGAAGAAGGCUCCUACUUUAACACCAAAAGUACGAGAAACUGUGCCAUAUGAAUUGAGAACCGACGGAUUUGACGAGAAAUCAUUUAAGGAAAUUCGUAAAAUAUUGAACGAAUUGAAUAUGGCAAUUGAUAAAUAUCGCGAUGAUUUAACAAGUGUCAUCACGGCAAUUGGCCAAGGCAAUGAAAGCUGUAUAAUGGUCGAAGAGAAACGCAAGGAGCAUCUACGAUGUUUAGAAGACGUUACUAAAAUAGAAUUCGUUUUUGAUGCAAGCUUCAUGGAGGAAUUUCCAUACGUUCAUGAUACGAUGCUAUUCAUUCCGUCACGGCGGUAUGACAUACACUUGGAGCGUUCAACAAAUUCUGGAUCUUCGAACUCUAAUUCUAAAUUGAGAGAAAUCGCUGGAGUAAUUAAACUUGAUUCUGGUGGUGAGGUGUGGCUUAUCUUGAACGAAUUUUCGCAAGCGAUUCUCAACAUAUAUCAUAUUGACACGAGACCCAGCUUGUUGGAUGGAAUGUCGCAUGUAAAAUUGGAAUCAGAAAGUCUCCCAUUUGUUCCAAGGCGUCUUGAAGUGCAUGGAAAUCGUGUCGCAAUUUCGAGCGACACAGAAGUUUGCGUUUUGAAAUUCAAUGAACUGGGAAUAAUCAAUGAGCGUGCUCACAUCCAAUUGGAGAAACUGCAGCCAACUCAAAAUUCGAGCAAUCCGAUCGUGCGAGUUGCGUGGUGUCGAAAUGAAUUGCUGAAUAUAAUUGCAAUCGCCACUCAUCAAUUUGUCAGAAUAUACGAUUUGACACUGCACUAUCAGAAGUGUUUGGAAGAAAUGGUGCUACCCGUCGGAAAUGUAGAAGAUGUUGUAUUGUUGUCGAAACCGGCCAAUCAAUUAACACUAUUCGUACUGAGCACAACAGGAUACCUAUACGUUCAAACAGUCGAAUCUAAAACAGCUGAAAACAAUUCAAUCUUUUUGACAAAUUUGGUCCCUCAUCCGCUUUAUGCACAAUCGUCGUCGACAGGAGCUGGAGUAUCAAUUUUCUAUUCGGAAACCUAUGACUUGUUGUUUGCAUCUCACGAAAAAGGAACUUACUUUGCGAAGGUUCCUGAAAAUUUCCAAAAUUCCAACAAUGUGGAACCGUCGUGGACUUGGAAAAAAAUGAUUCUCUCGACACCAGUUUGUUGCUUUAAAGAAACGGCUGGCAUCAUUUCAUGCAUUUCAUCGAGCCAACAUAUGCUGAUUUAUUAUAUUCAUCCGACACGGCACGAGAUGAUUAUUCAGAGAAUGCUUCUGAAACGAAAUAUUCUAACGCAGUUUUUGAUGACGAGCUCCCGAAACGAUGCUAUUUACUCUUUCGUUUUGUUCCCUGAAAUGCCGACGCUCGAGAUUCAUGUUUCUUCUUGGAGAGCUGCCCCGGAUUUAUGGAUUGAUGACAUUCCAAGUGAAGUUGUUACGUAUGAAACAGCAGAAGAUGCAGAUAAGCCAGUAUUAAUUGAAGAUGCAGACUUAGUAGUGCUUACUGAAGGCUGUGAAGUCAUUUCAAAGGUUUACUGGUUGAGCCCUGAGCUUUCAUGGUUCUAUGAUUCGACCGACCUUAACAACCGACUGAACUCACCAGAACCAAUGCCGCUUUAUGGGGCACAUUUGAAUAGUUUUACUCUGAUCGCGAAGGUUAAUACUUCUGGAAUGGUCGUUCGCCAAAUUCGAUUAGAAGUGGACGGUCCCAUCGGACCGUUUACCGUUUCUGUUGCUGGCCACAAGUUCUUCGUUGCUACCGAAACGCCGCGAUUUUUCGACUUGCGGUUUACAAGGGAGAUGUCACUCAACUUGGAUCAUGGCGAAAUUCGAAUCGAAUGUUGCGGAAGACGAACCCAAACAUGCAUUUCCAUUCGCUCCUUGAAGCUUCUUGGAUGUGCGAGAGCGCUAAUGGAGGAAAAUGUUCCCUGUUACAUGUUCAAACCUGUUCAAAACAUGCCUGAUAGACUUGUUGCAAACUUUUUCGAGCUUUGCAAUCAACUUGUUUCGAUUAGCGACGAAUCGCAGAAAAAUAAAUUGUCAAUGUUUGCCGCUUCGAAUUUGUCGCGUAAGGUGAACCAUCCUUCGGUGUGCUUGGCUGCAACGCGUCUUUUACGAAAAGUUCACAACAAGGAUCUCGUCAAACUGUUUGAAAUUGUUGAUGGAAGUCUUUUGGAGGAGUGGAAAGCUUUGCAAAAAUGGGAGCCGAAUAGAGGAAUGGCAGAAGUUCGUCGCAAAUAUGUUGAAAAGCUUGUUUCUCGAUUGUUGGCAAUGCAAAGAAGAUGGAGUCUUGUCGAAAAGAACAUUCUGAAAUACUUUUCUUCUCUUCUCAAUUUCGUCAAAUUGAUGAGAGAUGAACUUCUCGCUAUGCCACCUGGUAGAUACAGCGAAAUUGCUCUUGGAAUGUGCGAAAUGAUAUUUGGAUUCAUUUCGCAAAAUGGGCCGGAAUCAAAGGCGAUCACGAAGUUUUACUUCGAUAUGUUUACUGAUGAAGAGACAUUCCAUUUGUCCAAUGAUAUUCGAUCCGCCAGCCAAAUUGCACUAUACAAGUAUAGUUACACUUGCCGGGAGGACAGAUUUUUGUGCAAGAAACUCUUCGAUGAAGGCAAACAAGAUUCGUACUUUGUUCUCUCCGAAGUUGGAAGUUUGACCUUCACUGGAAAAUCGCGAAUAUUUGAAAAUUCGCCAAUUUCUGAGCCGCUCCGUCAAAUUAACAAGACUGUGAGCAUUUCAAAUUUCUUGGAAACACAUUCCAACGAAGAAGAAUGCGCAUGGAUUGAUCCGUUCAUCGAGAUGAUAAUCGAGAAGCUGAAAAACGAAGGAGCCGUAAAUGCAAUGCCACAUCCUCGAAUUCCAAUGCUUGAUUCUCCAUCUCAUGGAUUAACUAUGGUUGCAAUCCUGACAAUGGCACAGUUACACCCGAAUCAAGUGCGACGACAUAUUGACAAUCUUGUUGCAACUCUCAAGUUUGACGUUGAUCACAUUGUGCCACUCACUGAACAAAAUUUCAUCAACUAUGCGCUUUUCCGUUUUCUCUAUAUCUUGAUUUCACGGUGGAGUUCAGUUGAUGGUAAUCCAGACGAAGACGAGGAGCUGUUACUUCCGGCUUUUGAAGAUGCUUCCCAUAAAAAGAAGACAAAUCAGUUGCUCGGCGAACUUAACAACAAACUUAUUGAGAUGGGAAUUCUUGACAUGUGCUUUGACAUUAUAGUGCAUCUUAUUCCGUAUUGGCUGGAGCGUGCACCAAAUCCUACGCCUCCCGCGAUUGAUAUGAACGGUGGACGUCUUUGGCAGCCUCAUCCGAACAUGAUAGCAAGACUCGCCAAUGAAACUAAUGGUGGAGAUGCUGAAACAGUGUAUCUUGCCGCAGUGACCGAAACUGCACUUCGAUUCCCGGCUAUUCUUUAUAAGCUCUGCAAUUUGAAGUUUGAGGAGAAAUGGUACCGGAAGUUAUGCGAGUUGACAAGCGCAAAUGAUGCUCCGGCUUUGAAGUAUUGUAAAAAACUAUUGACAAUUUUGUGCAACGGUGAUCGAAACAUCUACCGACAGCUUCGCGAUAAAUUCCGAUUGCAGACCAAUACGGAAACUUUACUAAAGAAAUAUGUUGAAUACAGCAAGAACUGUGGAGGACAUCAGCAGUUAACCGAAUUGGUCGACGUUAUUAGUUCAAUUACAACGCAAGCCGCUCAACAUCCUGAAAUGUGGCGAGAGAUAUGUUCUGAACAGAUCGCCUGGUUCCUCCAUCUCGUUUGCUAUGCGGCUGAUGCGAUUUCGUGCCCAAUAUUAGACUUGAUUAUAACCGCAGUUCGAGAUAGCACUGCCGCUGGAAACUCUAUGGUUGGUUUAGCCGACAGAAUUAUCGAAGCUGAAAAUGGAGAAUUGAUUCAAAAACUAAUAUUGCGGUGUCUCGUUUCUAGCGAUGAAAAUCUUCGAUGGCAUGUUCACGGUCUUCUUCGGACUGUGAUUCAAUUGGCAUCUAGACAGAAUCAGGUUGCGAUUAUGCGAGCCAUGUAUUUCAAAGUGUAUCCGCUGACAAGAAAUCGGGGAAAUCAUACGGCGCAGCUUGUCGAUUUGAUGUGCGUAUAUGGACCAAGAUUGCUCAAUGCUGGUGAACUUCUAAAAAUUUGUGAUACGGAAGCGGAAAUUAUCGAAAAAAUCGCCAGAAAAUUUGAUGAAUUGGGACACACUGGCACUUUCAAACAGAUGAUGGACUUGGGAAUCGGCUGGAAAGCUAUGCUAUGCGACAUCAACCCAUGUUUGGUUUGCUUCAAUCGACGUGGAACUCAGGAAACGCAGAAGUUGAAUGCCAUUAAGCAAGAUGCGAAGUACUCCGCUAAUGCUAUGAUCUAUAAGCUUUCAAGCAAUUACGAGGUUUCGAAAGUCGUUAUCAAGCUUACUGAGAUCAAGAAAACGAAAUCUUUCAAACAAGUCACAUUGUAUUAUUCACCAAAAGCCGUCGACAACAUCGUUGAACUAAAACUUAACAAGGAACUUUGGAGAAGAUGCGCCCAUGUCAAUGUUCCCGCCAAUGAGCAGACGAUCACCUUGAAUCUCCCGAUUGCAGUUGUCACAUCUUCCCUUAUAAUCGAGUUUAACGACGUUUAUGACUCCCAAGCGAACAGUCAGCUCCAUUGUCCAAGAUGUUCAUUGCCUGUACGUUCAGCUUCUGGUGUUUGCGAAAACUGCGGUGAGAACGCAUACCAGUGUAUCAAAUGUCGAGCGAUAAACUAUGUAGACAAGGAUCCAUUCCUUUGUCAAUCCUGUGGAUUUUGUAAAUAUGCACGACUUGAGUGUCUUGUUUCGUGUCGUCAACUACCGGGAACCCAAAACAUAACAUGUGAUAAUGAACGUGCUCAAAGUGUUGAAGAAAUGUCGAAGCUUUUGGUUCGAAUGGAGAAUAGCAAGGCGAAAUUGGCGGUGUUGAGGGCGUUUUGUGAAGCGUUGUGGUUUCGGGGAAGGCCGCUUGCGCCGUUUGCGACUCACGCCGAAAAUGGACACGUCGCAGAUUAUCUUACAGCAACCAGUGUCUCGUCGCAAUCGUUGAAUAAUCUUCAAGUUCCGGUACAUCUUGUUCUCCAAAUGUCGACAAACUUGAAAUUAGUCUAUGAGGAACUAGCAACCAGGACACAACAAUUAUUAUCGUUACGCGAUGAAUUGAGAAGAUACGAUAACCCCAAAAAAACACCGAGUGUUCUCUACAGUCCCUCUUCAAUAGAGUGUUAUUCUAACAACUCAACGUGUUUUGGAUGUCUCUCUGCAAAUGUGAUUCAUGCGAUAUCCCUUAUGGGUGCUGCAUGUGAAGACGAAAAUGUUCAAUAUCAAUUGAUGGGAAUGCCAACCCUUGAAGUUAUAAGUGAAUUGGCGCGAAAGUUUGAGCCAAUAAGAGACGAAUGUGAAAUGACUCUUAUAAGAAUGAUGAUUGAUAACAAAGAUGCAACAAAAAGGGUCGAGAAGCUUAUUGAUGAAAAGAAAGUAGAUGUUGAGGUUUUCGCACGCUCUUUGAGGCAUAUCAAUGAUAACACUUGGCAACAGAAAAUGAAAUAUCUUAUUCGAUACGCUAUGGAGAAUGACGAUCGGAAUAUUUCGCUUCAGACAUUAAUGCUUCUGAACAAAUUUUUGGAAAAUGCGCGGCCAAUUCGGUUGAAAGUCUACAGAAAAAUGGCAGCAAGACGCCAAGAAAAAUAUGUGCACACAAAUAAGAUGGCGACAAGAGAAACACGUGUGAAAGUCGCAAAUUAUUCGAUCGCUACGCGAAAAAAUGUGACAAAAUGGCUAACAACGGGAGAAGAGUGGAAUGCUUGUUGCGUCGAUUUACCGCCGACGACGUCGAAGAAUUUCCAGCCGCCGAAACCUGUUGACACCACGAAGUAUAUAUGGAUUGCUCAUUGUUUGUUCUCACCAUGGGCUUCAGUUCGUGCUGCUGCUAAUCGUCUACUUAUUAAUAUAUCGCGUCAGCCGGGUCAUGAGGGUGUCGCUUGCCUAAUGGUGAUCGAUAAUCUUGAAAAAAUGAAAACUGUCCAACCUGCUCUCUGUGAUCAGUUUGUCUACGCAGCGCACCAUAUCAUUGGGGCAUCGGCGAACGUAAAAACUCGAUUAUUCAUUGAGAAACUUCACAUUUGGUUGAUUCGCGCAAUUCAUUCGGAAUGCAAGGCGAUGAACUUGAGCACGAUUUCUGAAAAGGAAACGGAUAGCAUGUUCGGUUUUAAAAUGCGAAGUUAUGUCGAGCUUUUGUGUCUUCUCUUUUCUGGAUCUUGCGUCGAGAAUAUUUUGCUAAAGGCCGCUGCGGAUGAUUUACUCAUUUAUUUGUUGCAAUCAACAAUUUUCCUGAAGCGAAUGGUCACACAAAGAACAAGAGCUAUUGACGCAUCUCGAGCAGCGUUGGAAAAAUUGCUUCGGCGGGUUUCAUGGCGCGAUGGGUCGAAACUCAUGAAGGCGUGUGUUACUUCACUUAAUUCAAUGACUGACACGAAUACACAAGGUCAUGUUGUUUCGGUGAUGCUUGAGAUAAUGGAUCCACAGCAAAAAGCGGAAGAAGAUUUCUUUAUUCAAAUUGAAAAAGACGCUGCACAGGAAGACUUCCUGCAAGGUAGAAUGAGUGGAAAUCCAUACAAGUCGAGUGAUCCUGGAAUGGGACCGCUUAUGAGAGAUAUAAAGAAUAAGAUUUGUCGAGAUACUGAAAUGAUCGCGUUGAUGGAGGAUGAUAAUGGAAUGGAGCUUCUUGUUAACAAUAAUAUCAUAUCGUUGUCACUACCUGUCCGACAGGUGUAUGAGAAAAUGUGGAGGCGGAUGAAUUUCGGCCAACCGAUGCUAAUUGUGUAUAGAAUGCGUGGAUUGAUGGGCGAUGCUGUUGAAAGUUUUAUUUCAUCGUUCGGUGAUGAUGCUGCCGAAUUGUUGUCAUCGAGUCAAGCAAAUUCAUCCGGAAGGUUCCUUCUCUCACAGCUUCGUAAGAUUUUCGACAGAAUUGUGAAGACGUCAGAAGGUCGGAAGGCGUUGGUUGAGCGUCAAUCAAUUCCAAUAAUAAUAAGGGUUAUGCGAGAAUUAUGCACUGAAGAUGAGAAUGAUAAAACGAAUGCUGAAUCGAAAUCAGUAUUGGCGAUGGAAUUCUAUAAAGUCGCCGAACUGAUUGUGAACGAUAUAAACGUUCAUUCAAAUCUUUCUGGAAUUGAGGAAAAGGAUGCGAAAUGGAUAAUCGAUAUGUUUAACAUAAGAAAAAGAGAUGGCACGUCGGUUCACAGUGGAAUGACGGCAGAAGAAGUGCGACGAAGAGUUCAGAUGCUAGAAACAAUAGCAUCUAGCUUUGGAAACAUUGUUCUCGGAUCAGAUGCAGCAGAAAAUGUUCUUGUCGAGAGAUAUCCAAACGUGUUUGAUUGGUCUACGUUGGAUCGCGCUGAGAGUGUGUUAAUCCGAGAGGAUAGUACCUGGAUGGCCGAACAGCUGGCAACCAUUUCAACCAAUAUUUUGCCGUCUGAAAGAGGAAAAUCAUUGAAACAGAAAAUAUUGGACAGUGGUGUUGUUAAUACGACGUGCGAUUAUCUGGUGUCGAAUCAUCCACCUCUCUACUCUCCAACCGAAUCAAAUGACUGGAAACAGUUCUUGAUGAAGCCAUCGCUAAAAAUGAUGUUAACGCUGCUUCAAGGUUUGGCCAAAAAUCAUCAACCUUCGCAGGUUGCAAUUGCUGCCAAAUCGCUACCACUGCUUCAUCGACUCGAACAGGUGGCGUCGGAGAAUUCAAUCGGAACACUUGCAGAAAAUGUGAUGGACGCGCUAAAGGAAGAUCGCGAUGUGGCCAAAAAAAUUGAGGCAGUUCGUUUGGAAACGAAACAGAAAAAGAGGCAGCUUGCGAUGGCUAUGCGCAACAAACAACUUAGCAAAAUGGGAAUGCAAGUUGGAAAAGGCGGCGAAGUGAAGGUGGCAUCUAGGAACAUAACGAAUGAACCAGCUCUCGAAGAUGAAACUGAUGGAUUCAUCUGCUGCAUUUGUCGUGAGAGUGUAUUGAAAGGCUCUCGAGCAUCGGCGGUUUACGCGUUUGCUGCCACAACGCAGUUCUCGUCAGAUCCGGAUCUCAAGCUUUGUUCGGUGUCACAAAUGGUCAUGGUUCAUAUUGAAUGCCACAAUAAUGCAAUUCGACGGGUUGGAGCAGGACGAAAUAUCGACGAAUGGGCAAAAGCUUCGCUUCACAACGCUGGAGCGAAAUGUAAUAUUUUGACGCCGAUUGCGACAAAUGAAACAACUCAGGAAUUGUUGAAUGCGGCGUUACAACGAUAUUUGACGGAUUAUGAGCAUAUUGCACAAGUAAAUGGAGGAAUUACUCGACAAUUCCUCUUCCUGGACAUUUGCCAAUUGGUUGAGCGUUUUGUUUACAAGAGAUCAUUCUCGACUCAAUCGCAAGGUGGUGGACGAGAAUCGAAUAUGCAGUACCUUGCUAUUCUGCAUCUCCUUGCUCUUACAUUGCCAGAAGCUGAAGGAGAUUUGCAAUCUUCAAAUCAUUGCUUCAAGCUUGUUUCAUUUUUGUUUACUGAGCUAACGUUGGAUAGUUGGAACGAACAAAAAAUCAAUGUUCUUAAAGCUGCUUUGAACAACGCGCAGCAGAAUAUUGGAGAAGCUCGAUGGGAAGCGUUGCGAGAAAUAAUGCUCACUUGGGCGUUCGUAGAUAGAUAUUUUAAUAAAGUUAUUCCUAUAACUGGUGAUGAUCGAGUCGAAUGGCUUCGCGAGAAUAUACGAGAGACGAUUACAAAAACGAUUAAAUUUGUCCAAGAUUUCGAUGACAAUGAAAUGAAGUGUGAAACACUAGCAGAAUUUUGUGAUGUCACAGGAGUAUCUAGAGAAGAAAUUGGUGAACUGGUACAAGACGGACAAAGUUAA